CAUGAUGCAUAGCAAGAAGGAGGAAAUGCGUCAUCACGCCGUUGGAACCUUCAGCUGUCAGACUUUGGCCACCCAAAAAGUGCAGGUUUUGUAAGCAAAGUAACUCGAAGUGUUCAGCCGGUGCCGACUUUUCAUAAAGUUGUGCAUUCAUCUCCUCGUCGCUCUUUGAACCCGUGAGCUGGUGAUUGAAGUACGAAGAUUGCACGAAGACUAACCAUCUCGUUUUAAUCGCUGCUAGUUUUUGCACGACAAGCCAGCGAUCCUGAGCGGGUGUAAGGGUAGAUGCAGGGAGGGAGGGAGUAAAAAAAGGCAAAAGUCUUUGUGCUUCCCUUCCCCCUCAUCACAGCAAAGGGGAAAUGUCUAUGUCUAAAGGAGGGAAGAAGAAGAACCCUGGGCUGAGGAUUUCCCAAGAUGUGUUUACACCGCCAGCAGCAACAGCGCCUCCUCGAGAUCUUGACUCUAAAGCUUGUGUCACAAUUGGAGAUAAGAACUUUGUGGUGAAGGCAGAUGACUUGGAGCAGAUCGCAGAGCUGGGCAGGGGAGCUUACGGGGUGGUGGACAAGAUGAAACAUGUACCCGAUGGUGUUAUCAUGGCUGUCAAGAGGAUUCGUGCCACAGUCAACACUCUGGAGCAGAAGAGGCUCUUGAUGGACCUGGACAUUUCUAUGAGGACAGUGGACUGUUUUUACACAGUGACCUUCUAUGGCGCCCUCUUCAGAGAGGGGGAUGUUUGGAUCUGUAUGGAGCUGAUGGACACCUCUCUGGAUAAGUUCUAUAAGAAGGUUAUUGAUAAAGGCAAAACCAUUCCUGAGGACAUCUUGGGCAAGAUCACAGUAGCAAUUGUCAAGGCACUAGAGCAUCUGCACAGGAACCUGUCAGUGAUACACAGAGAUGUGAAGCCUUCCAAUGUUCUGAUCAACACUCAGGGCCAAGUGAAAAUGUGUGACUUUGGCAUCAGCGGCCACCUGGUGGACUCCGUGGCCAAAACAAUAGAUGCAGGCUGUAAGCCCUACAUGGCGCCUGAACGGAUCAACCCUGACCUCAAUCAGAAGGGCUACAGUGUCAAGUCAGAUAUAUGGAGUCUUGGUAUCACAAUGAUUGAGCUGGCUAUUUUGAAAUUCCCCUACGACUCAUGGCGCACCCCGUUCCAGCAGCUUAAACAGGUGGUAGACGAGCCAUCUCCACAGCUGCCCGCCGACCGUUUCUCACCAGACUUUGUGGACUUCAUCUCCCAGUGCUUAAGAAAGAAACCAAAUGAGAGGCCAGCUUAUUCAGAAUUAAUGAAACAUCCAUUUUUCACCCUGCAUGACUCCAAAGACACAGAUGUGGCCAGUUUUGUCAAGGUCAUCCUGGAUGACUGAUGGGCUCCUGGCACGCUCCACCCCGUCAGGGUAGGCAGGACCUUUCAGCAAACGAACCAAUGCCCUGCCUUUUUUUUAUUUUUAAACUCACUGGAAUGACAGACUCUCAUGCACGCACACACAUCAGGAAGGGGGGGGUGAGGGGGGACUGACAGCAGCCCAAUAGCACUGGAGUGGGAGAGCGGUGGUAAUAUGAACUCAACUGGAGAGGUUUAAUUCACUCCUCCAAGCUUCCUGUGUGUGCAAUUAUCCAACAUGGCAAAUAUGAACUGAACCUGAUUUGCUGUUUUUGUCUUCUUUUGUUGUUGCUCCCACUGCCCUUCUUAUCUUUCUCUUCAGAAUGGAAAGAGCCAGCUAUUGUUUCAUUGUGACACAUAUUAUAUGAAUACUUGGGGUUUCAUUUGCAAAAACCAACAGUUAGUGUAUGUUGCUGUGUACUAAAAGCUAUGCCUUUGUAUGUUUUUCUCAUUAUGCAGAGUUUUGAUACUGUAUAUUGCUAAGUGUGAAUUUUACCAGACUAGGGCCUUAUUUGUCAGGUCAUAUCAGGUGAACAGUGUGCCCUGAUCUGCCCCGAGGCAGUCAGUCAGUGCAGGGACUGCAGUUGGUGCGAGCUGGGCUAUGAGAGGCUCCAGGGCUGAAACAAAAUGUGUAAGAAAUGUGAAAAGUCACAUUCAGAAGCGGAGGAGCUCUAAGUCAUUCCUAAAUGUCUUGGUGGUGAGACAGGAAUGUAAGGUGUCCAAUGUUGGUGAUCUGAGACCUGCAGUGACCCCUCUGUAAUCUUUCUCUUUUUUUUUUUGCGGGGGGUGGGGGGUUUAAAGAGUCGGCUCCAGUGCUGCCACUGUUACUAUAUGGAAGUAUUCAGGGGUUGCCUAAUCAACCUCACAGCUUUGUUUUCUGUGUGCCAUUUUGCUAAUUAUUCUCAACUCUUGUUUUGUGUGUGUGUGUGUGUGUUUGUGUGUGUUCCAGCCUUUUUUGAUUUUUUUUUUUUUUUUUUUUUGGCAGAACUUUAUCUUAUGGCUUCUUUUCCCUUUGCUUACCUUUCUCAAUUCUGGAGUCAGCAUAGCCCUUUUACAUGUGGCACUUAUGUUUGUUUUUCUUGAUCCAGAAACCUUAUUAUGCCUUACACAGACAGUAUGUUAGAGAACUAAUUUAUGUGUUGAAGAUGUAAAUACUAUCUCCUUUUUUAAUGUAACAUGGGACUGUCCUUACCUGGCAGUGUAGGUGAGUGCUAGAGUGGUUGGGAUUACUUAGUUUUAAUGCAGUGUGACGUGCACACACACAUGUACUCACUCAUAGGGCCAGUUGACUAUCAUACACCUAUUUUGGACUGAUGUUCUGUCAAGCACCACCGUUCAGGUUUCUGUGUUCUCCUGCGUGAGGAG